GUUGCCGUUGCUUGCAGAAAAGUGAGAGGUACAGUUGUAGUAUAUAAGCUUCAGGAUACAGAGACAUAGCCAUCUCUACUUCAGAGCUGCCUGAGAAGUGGUGGCUGCACCUGCACAGUACCUAGUAGGGUCCUGUUCUACUCGCUCGGAAGCCAUGGCUGUAGUGGAGUUGAAGGUUGGGAUGCACUGCGACAGGUGCAUCAAGUCGAUCAAGAAGGCGAUCAAGACGAUCGAUGAUAUGGAGAGUUACCAACUCGAGAAGGAGACGAACAAGGUCACAGUGACAGGAAACAUUACCCCAGAGGAAGUGGUCAAGGCUCUGCAGAAGAUCGGGAAGACGGUAUCCUACUGGGGUGAAGAGUGAAGACUAGAGCACAGGGGAAGUGGUGAAGGCGAUUGCAAAACAUGAAGACGGUGACAUGCUGAUGUGGUGAAGAGCAGAGCGCAUGAUAGUUAGCUAGGUAUUACAGUAUUAGCUCGUGUGUUACCAUGAGAUUCAGAAGCUACUUACACGCACCCCAUAUCAAGUAAUUUUUGGUGAGUUUCUAUGAAAUGGGUUAGCUGCCCCAUGUGCUUGUUGAAUCGAUGGGAACAUCUUCUUAGAGGAUGAACCCAGCUUUCGCACGUUUUUGACGGGAAAUUAAUAAUGGGUACGAUGUAUCUGUCGUCCGGAUUCAGGACACAGCUACACGAGGGUGACUGUGUUAUCCUGUCACUUGUUGGGACUGUUUCAGUUCUCAUCUUUACAAUAUAUACAUACUGCUGGUUGAUUGAUA